UUCGAGUCCCAGUCUGCUUCGACGUUACACUAGCUGUCCGGUAAGCAAGGAAGACAACCGGACGCGUUUGCGAGUGCAAGGAUCAGAGAAUGGCAUCGGUGGGAAUCUGUCACCGUGCAGUAGACGCCAGGCGUCACAACGCUUCGUGCGGUGGACGCACGCAUCGCUCACGUGUCUAGGGGUGAAAACUCUAAUUGAAAAUAUUGUUAGCAUCACUAUGGUCAAUUUAAAAGUGCAGUACAGCGUAUAGUGUUGUGUGGACAGCGAGGAAUGGAGUUGUGAAUAAUUCAUAAGAACUUUAUAUGUAAUUGCAAGUUUGAGACGCACGUAACACUUUGGGCAGUUGUGUCGGGUAUCCCCCGCAACCAUAACCACUACUCACCCUCAACACUCCAUUCAGUUUGAGUUAAUAAAAACAUUUGAAGUUGACAUUUAACUUUGCGAUCAUGCACAGUGAUUAGUGUCAAACAUGGGCAAGAAAAACUCGAAGUUGAAACAAGAGACUAUCGACCGCCUCACCAAGGAUACAUACUUUUCCGAGAAGGAGGUCCGGCAAUGGCACAAAGGCUUCCUGAAGGACUGCCCCAACGGUCUGCUCACAGAACAGGGCUUCAUCAAGAUCUACAAGCAGUUCUUCCCGCAGGGGGACCCGUCCAAGUUUGCGUCCCUGGUGUUCAGGGUCUUCGACGAGAACAAUGACGGCUCCAUUGAGUUUGAAGAGUUCAUCCGAGCUCUUUCGAUUACGUCACGAGGGAACCUGGACGAGAAGUUGCAUUGGGCGUUUCGGCUGUAUGAUGUUGACAAUGAUGGCUUCAUCACCCGAGACGAGAUGUACAACAUAGUGGAUGCCAUAUACCAGAUGGUGGGCCAGCAGCCUACAUCAGAAGAUGAUAACACGCCACAGAAGCGAGUGGACAAGAUCUUCGACCAGAUGGAUAAGAACCACGAUGAUCGCCUUACCCUGGAAGAAUUUCGUGAAGGCAGCAAGGCGGAUCCACGAAUUGUUCAGGCCCUAUCGCUAGGAGAUGGCGGCCAGCAGCAGCAGCAGCCUGCGGCCACCUCAUCCACCAGAACUUCGCCCUCCCCUGGGUAGAAACACUGUACCCAUAAGCACAAAUGGGGGUCCAAGUUGCUUGUGUUGUCUUUGUUUUGUGUAAUGUUGCAUUAAUUUACAAGAUAAUUUGAAAGUAGCGGACAGUUUGUUGGGUUCUUACAGUUUUGGCAUCACUAGAUUGCGCUUGAAGUCACCAAUAUGGCCAGCAUGUUUGGCUGUCCAAUGUUGCGCUACACGGUAGCAUGCCUUUAUAUGCGAAGGACAUUUCUGUUUCCUAUUAUCUAAGAGCUUCCAAAGGCAUUCAACUGCCCUUAUAGUCACCAGAUGAUAGUGUCUGUGUUGGGGCAGUGAAUUCAUUCAUGUUGUUGCUUUGCUUGAUAUUGCUACAGCCAUGACUGCUAUAACCCACAGUGAUUGAUGAACACUGUUGAUGUUUCAGCAUAUUGAGUUUUGUCUGUCAGGAAUCGUUGAAUGCUAUGGAGUGUUUUAAAUUGACAGUUAACUCAUGUCUCUCCAUCAACUUACCUUUCAGUAUUAAACUACUAUAUAACUCUUAAAACACAAUAUUGAAUUCAUUUUAUAUAAACCACAGGUGUGCAACACAUCUGCCAUGUUCUUUUUUUGUGGAUUCCUUAUCCCACUACACAAUUUCACACCCAUCAAGGGUCAUCAAAUGGUCACAGCAUUAGGUAGUACAGGGCACUGUUAAGUUUUAUAGUGUGUCAUCUGUUUUUAUAAAGGGCCUUCAUGAAGGUUACAUAUUCAUCAAUGAAGUUGCUGUUAACAAUAAUUAUACUCAAGCUGUCUUCUGUGUUAUUUGGCUGUGUAGUCUGGUGGAAGUUUGUCAACAUUUCAGGGAAACAUAGUGCUUCAGAAAGGUGAGUGAACUUCACCAGACUACACAGCGUCACGUCCGUGCACAGUCAGUGCUAUGAGAACCUCAAAUUACAAUGAUCGAUCUACCAAUGCUGUUGGAUCCAUUAGCUUUUCAGCCUUCAGUCAUUCAUGAUAAUCAUGGUUAAUAAAUUUAGUCAUGAAUUUCUCAGUCGUCAAAAAGGAUCUCUUAUGAACACAGCUGAUGCAUUGUAAGUGUAAUACUGAGCUUGAGGUCUAGACUGAUAAUAGCCUGAUAAUGGCCCAUGCUGGAGUUCUGAUACGUAGUGACAGAAGUGGCUGAAAAGAAACAACAAAUUGGUUUCUAUAAAAUAACUCCUGUACUGCAUGUCGAAUAUGGCGGGAUGUUAGAGCUCAUGGUUGCCUGGAGAGAGAGUUCCUUUGUAUGUUGGUGGGCACAUUUUGUUGAUGUCAAGUGAUAUAAUAUACAAGCAAUACUUGAAGUCUCUGGUGUGUGUUUUGUUCAGAACAGGAUCUGUCAGUAUUAUAAAAUGUACUCUGUUACAACACAGCUGAUCUACGCCUGCAAUUUGGCCCCCACUGAACUUUUAUACCACGUUUGUGAGUUCAUUACCACGAAGACAUGAAUCUGCUGUUGAAGACGCUUUGCUUGGGAAUAUAACACAAGCAAAUAAAUGAAUCUCACUGGAUAAGGUGGCAGUGACAUCAUACACACUGAAGAGAAAUAUAUGUGUAUAGAUCUGUGAAUCAUUUUAGUGCAGUGUAUUAUAUCUUUUUUUUAACUUUUUUGUAUGUGGUUGCGUUUUGUAAUCGAUUUGCCACACUCUUUUGUUUUUAAAAUGCAAUCUGUCCGUCCUAAAGCAUCUCCCACUGCACGAACAUAGCAGCAAGCCUUUACACACAAUGGGUGCAAUUACAUGGGAAUUAUUGAAUGGUGGAUGCCACAUCCUGUCAUGACCUACAUAAAUGAGCAUAAGCGAAAUGGAAUUAGAGCGAAAGUUAGAACUAAGAUCUUACAUAGCACAGUGUCUGGAACUGUCAUGCUGUGGAUUGCAGUAUUAAUCCUUGCAUUUAUUCCCACUUAGAUGUGAAAUGUUUGGAAUGUGUAGUGAAGAGUUUUAAAUUUGUGUGCAGGCUUAGCAAUGUCUGAAGUACAUCAGGACAAUCAGAUUGCAAAUUGCUUAAAUACACAACUAUCAUUCAUGCUUUUUGCUGAUGUGUGUGUAUGUAAACGUGAUUAUUGCAUGCAGAUACAAUUACUGUCCUGUAAAACUCAGAUAAUAGAGAAUAAGAAUAGCUUACAAUAUCAAAAAUGUCUAAUAUGUCCAUUUUUUAACAUUUUAAAAGUAAUAAUAUCUACUUCAGAUAAUAGUUAGCGAUUAAUUUCAAUAAUGGUGUACAGAGUAUAUUCAAACACCUCUUGUAGAAAAAUUUCAUGUUUUGGGAGGAAAUGUUCUCAUGUGAAUAUCUAUAGACUUAACUAACUCCAUUAUAAAGACAUCUACAGGUAGUACUCUUUGUAGCUCUUGUAGUCUUCUCUCUAUAAUGCCACAGUAUCAGUAUACAUUUAGGUGACACUAAUACACAUGUCAUUCACUAAAAUGUUUGUAAAAAUGUUCAGAUUUUCACUAAAAUAUAUAUACAUUCUGUGUCUGUACUCUACAUGUUUCAGCCACCCAGGGGCAUCUUCUGGCAACAUAUUUUAAGGAAUCCACUGCACUGUACACUUUGUCAAAUGAUACUCUUUAAAGUAUCCCAUUUUUGUUAUUAUUACUAUUAAUUUUGGUGUUAUAUAUUUUGUAGUGCAGCUGUUCUGUUCCACUUCCUUGGUUGUAUAUAUCUUGCGUUGAUUUGUUCCUUGUAUCUUGCACAAUAGCACUACUACUAGCUGUGCCACUACUGGAAUAGUUUUCUUUCAAUUCGGUGCCAUCUAAAUCUUCACCUUUCACAAAAAAAAAUACUUGAAAAUGGUUCAUCUUCAUCUGCAUUCUCUGAAACCUGCAUAACAUCCUUCAGGAACAGCAUGUGUGGAAAAUAUAUCCAUCUUGACUUGUAGGAGAUGGUCUGCCCAUGAGGACCUCCAGGUAUGCCACAAAGAUGCUUCUUCAGCUCCCUCCUAAAUACGUCCCUCAAUAUGGCCCAUUUCUGCUUCACAACAUGGCCUGCAACAUCACACAUUCAACAUAAUGAUCUUCUGCCUAAUGCAGCAAAAAUUGUUAAGUUUUACUUUGAAUGCAAAAAGGUAAAAAUGGUAAAGCUGUCACUGUCCUUAAUUAAUUAAGCACCACAUCUUGAAAUCAUGUUGGAAA